CCAGCCCCCUGAUCUUUUGGGCCCACUUGGCUCCCCAAGGCCUCUAGGACACCCUCCUUCUGCCAUGAUGUAUCAAGACUCUCUUUGAAGAGUGAGAAGAUCUUGAGAGCAUGUUCAUCUUUAUCAAACAUGGAGAUAAUCAGCAGUUUCUGGCCAAUAUUAACUGUUCUGUCCUGCUGCUGCUGCAUUAUGCCCGCCGUAAAGUGGGGUUGCCUAAAACAGGGACAAUGAAGUUGUUUUUUCUGAUGAAGACUCCUGGAGACUAUGCCAACAAAUUCCUUACAGCUCGAAACACCUACUACGUUUGUAAGGUGGAGCGUGGGGCACCAGGAACUAGACUUGAGAAUGCCUACAAAGCAUUUGUGCCCCUCCUGAAGAACCCAGAACCCGAGCUUGUUGAUGCCUUGCGUACACAAUGUGACCUCCUGGAGAGAAGUCGAGUGAAAAUGCUUAGAAUCCAAGAAGCCAAGAAAGUCGUUCCAGUUGACUCCUCCGUGAACCUCCCAGUAAGCCUUACCGAACAUGGUCUGCCCCAGCAGCCUCCUUUCCCCACCUGUCUACUGAAAUCUUCUCUGCCCCGGCUCUCUGGGAUGAAUUUCCUUUCCAAAUCCGACAUUCGUGACCAAGACCUGCCUCUCACCUCUUUGGUCCUGCCUUUGGCCCUAGUUUGUAGAAAACUUCUCUGCAGGGGCCUUUGUACUUACUGACCCUUUCC